AGUCGUGCAGACAACAACAACUCUGGUUCCCGCGCAAAACCCAUGCGAAAAGUGGGAAAAAAUAGAGGACAGCUGGACUAGUUGGGAAAUAAAGUGGCUCUCUCCUUAGAACCUGGAACCGAACAGGAUCAGGAUAUCGCUUACCUUGAAAACCAGAGAGAGAGGGAGGGACAGAGCCCACAAGCUCGCACACAUGCGCUCUCUUCCCUGCACAUGCAUGCAGUUUUGCUGUUAGUGUGUGCGUCCAGGUAGCGUCCGUGUGAUUGGAAUUGCUUCCCAUUGUUUUGCUUUUGCUUCCCGGGGAAUUGGAGGAAAGAAAAGGAAAGGAAGCGAAAGAAUCGGUGAAAACCCACCCCUGGAAUGCAACCGCUUUUCGCAUUCUGCCGCCAAUUUUCAUUUGAUGCAGAUCCUUUGAGGAUUCAACAUGGAUAAUCAAUAUCAGCGCAUUGUCAAUGCCAAUCCUCGCGAGGAAUUUCCAAACCAAAGGAUCAAGCCCUUAUACCUAAAUGCGUGGUCGCAGACUUCUAGCGAGGAUUUCGAGUUGCUCCGUAGCAUUAGCACUCCUGAUCCCCAAGUAGAGGCAGAAAAUCGUGCCUUGCGCGACAAAGUUCGCUAUUUGGAGGCCAAGCUGCAGCAGCACACGGAUCUGUUGUCCCAAAUCCAUGCCACAUCCGCCAGGAUGCAGCAGGCAUCGUCCUUGCUGGCGGAUUCUGGACCACCAACCCCGCCUACUCUACAAAACCACCAGAUCCUCACGCCCCCGAGUUCGGUUAUCUGUGCCCCCGUGCAGAAUCCCCAGAUUCUCGACUACAAGAUCAUCUCGGCACCCGAUGACGCGGAUGCCAUUGAGAUUCGCCUGGCGGCGGAGAGCCUCAAUAGUCUGAGCACCUCGGCGGACUCCGAUCGCCUGGAGAUUUGCCUGGGCGAGGAGAAUCAGCAGCAGAACCAUCAUCAGCAGUACAGGAUCAGCAGUGCUAUUAAAAGGGAGGAUGAGGAAUCCUCUGGCACACCUUUGCAGUUCAUCAAACGACGCAAGUUGCAGGAGAUUCAGUUACCAGAAGAAGUUCCGCGGCAAAACAUAAAGUUGCCGUCUAAGUCGCAGGUUAAAAUCCGCAAUGGCAGUCUCAACGAUCUCAGCAAAAACCCCCAGCAAAACAUGGACAACGUGAUGGUGUCCAUUGGUCCAAAUAACACAUGUGUCCCUGCCAGCGUCUUCGAGAACAUCAACUGGUCGGUCUCCUCGUUGGCCACCAGGAAACUCCUCGUCUCCAUUUUCGAUCGGGAAACUUUAGCCACCCAUUCGAUGACGGGGAAACCAUCGCCCGCUUUCAAGGACCAGGACAAGCCACUCAAGCGCAUGCUCGACCCCCAGAAGAUCCAGGACAUCAUCUUUGCGGUGACGCACAAGUGCAAUGCCAGCGAAAAGGAGGUGCGCAAUGCUAUUACCACAAAGUGCGCCGACGAGAACAAAAUGAUGAAGAUCCAGAACGUCAAGCGACGCAGCAGUGGCAUCAAACAUGGAAAGGAGAACAUUAUCUAGACUAUAACUAGUAUUAUUAGAUUUACUUUUUAGACUAGCACCAAAAAUUGGCGGAGACAGCGCACACACUUACAGAUUUAUGAAAAAAGCCCAUAGAAUUAGCACUUAACCCUACAUUGAACUAAUGUGUAGAAUACUUUUGAAGAUCUCGAAGAUGAUUUUUCCAAUCCGAACCAA